AGUAGAAGAAGAAGCGAGCAGUUUGAGUCGGUUUCAUGACGCUGAUUUACUGUAGCUGCUCCUCUGUGAGAACUAGCAAACACACAUUGAAGUUAUGUAGCACACAGAAGGAGGACUUUACCCCGCUGUGACCCGCUACCGUUAGCUAAUGUUACAGCCCCUCACCUCGGCUGGUUAUUAAAGUACUGCGGCUCCAUUUGCUGCUAGCUAACUAGCUUAGCCACACGCUAGCAAACAAGCUGGUGUGAGUUUGAGAUGUGUGCUGCUGCUGCUGUUUGUUUCUCUCUCUCCCUCGUCUUGACUCAGCUGCCGGGCGGCUAACCUAACACCCAACACUACAGUUUCUGUCCGCUUCAUCCAUCUCCUCUUAUGCUGUCGUCGCUACCAGGUGUCCCAGCUGAAAGAUGUGGCAGAGUGUCGGGCUCACACUGCUGGUCAUUGUGGCCACACUUGUCUGUGCGCUGCUCUUCAUGCUGUUUGGUUGGUAUGUAGUCUGGCAGCUCUUCUUGUCCAAGUUCAAGUUCCUGCGUGAACUUGUCGGGGACGCUGGCACGCCACAGGCCGAAACGCAGCCGUCCGAAACCAAGAGUGAACGCACAGUUAACGCCCCAACAAGAAAUCGGCCUAGGACCGCACGCCAAAGAGUCGCCUCUCCGGAAAGUACUUCAUAGAUGAUCCAGACAGCCACUGUGUAUCCUUCACGUCUACUCGUCAGCCCUCUACAAACGUCGUGUGUGUGACCAUCACAGACAUUUCCCACUCACCCUGUGCUCUACACUACACAAGGACCUUGUGGACACUCAGUAGUCAGCCCUCCUCUUCACCAGGACACUUUAAACUGACCAGGCAGACCUCCUGGUUUCAAAGGGAAAAGCCAUUCACUUGCAUUACUGUCCAUUUCUUUGUCUGUUCAUAUGUUUAAUUAUGUACAGUCAUAUAUGUACCGGAGUCUGGGGCUCCUGUUAUCCUGCAAUAGUGAUGGCCAGCUUUCAUGAGUGGCCAUGCUGCUUCCUGCCACCUAUAUGGAGCAUAAAGAUGCUCCAUCACACAAAGAGAUGUGUUAAUUCUCUUAUGUGCAUGUUUUAAUCUAGUGUUUUUAACAGAAGAAAGUUGUACUCUGAACAAACAAGGAAGAUAACUUAAACAUUUUCUCAUCUACAUCAUGUCAACAACUGACUCUGAAACAGUGACUUGGACAACUGACAGUUUUUAUUUUCUUUAAAGCGUAGCAAAGUGCAAUGAAAGGAAUGUUUAUGCUGUCAUCAUGUUGUUUCUUGCACAGUACACUCUACGUAUUAUUACAUGUAGGUAAUGGCCCAAAUGACACGGCUUCAUUCCAGUUGUGUAAAACGUGACCUUUUUCUUGCAACUUCUCCUUCACCUCCCCCUGUUUUUUUUUUUUUUUUU